CCAUAGUGUGCACUAUGAUCUGUCACCACAGUGUGCACUAUUAUCUGUCACCAUAGUGUGCACUAUGACCUGUCACCAUAGUGUGCUCUCGGACCUGUCACAAUAGUGUGCACUAUUACCUGUCACAAUAGUGCACACUAGGGCACACACAUCAAACAUCUGUUGACAGGUGACACUUAUGUAUCUCCGUUCCCUCAGAUCGGCGAGCGGGGUGCCAACCUGAGCGGUGGGCAGCGCCAGCGAAUCAGCUUGGCUCGCGCCCUCUACAGUGACCGGGACCUCUACAUCCUGGACGACCCGCUGAGUGCCCUCGACGCCCACGUGGCCAACCACAUCUUCCACAGCGCCAUCAGGAAGCAGCUUCGCCACAAGACCGUCAUCUUCGUCACCCACCAACUGCAGUACCUGGUGGACUGUGAUGAUGUCAUCCUGAUGAGGGAGGGGAGUAUAGUGGAGCAGGGUAACCAUGACAACCUGAUGAAACUGAACAGAGACUACGCUGCCAUGUUUAAUCACUUCCAGCUGGGAGACCCUCCGUACAUCGAAGCUCCUGCCAGGAAGUCCAGCGGUUCUCAGAAGAAACGUGCUGACAGUAAACAGGGAUCAGUGAAGAAGAAUGCUGCAGUCAUUAAGGAGAACGGGGAGGAGCAGCAGUGUGGGGGCGUGGCCUGGCCCGUGUUCCGGCACUACAUGGUGGCCUGUGGUGGCUCCACCUCCUGCCUGCUGAUCCUUGUUCUGUUCGUUCUCAACGUGGGAAGCUCCACCUUCUGCCAGUGGUGGCUCAGCUACUGGAUCAACCAGGGCAGUGGGGUGAGACUCGUCCUCCCCUUCAUCACCUCCCCUUCAUCAUGUCCUAUUCACCUCCUCUUCGUCACCUCCUCUUUACCAUCAUCGCCUCCUUCCUCUCCUCUUCCUCUCUCUCCUCCUCCUGCUCCUCCUCCUCUCGUGUCUUCUCUGUCCCUGCUCCUCCAGAACACCACGGUAACCCGGGGCAACAGCUCGAUGGUGAGCGUCAGCAUGAAGGACAAUCCCAUGAUGCAACACUACGCAGCUGUCUACGCCUCCUCCAUGGGAGUCAUGCUACUCCUCAAACUCUUCAGAGGCAUCGUCUUCGUCAAGGUCAGGACGUCACAUUCACCUGUGACCUCACUGAUGUGUGACACUGACGUGUGACCUCAUUGACCUGUGACCUCACUGACCUGUGACACUGACGUGUGACCUCAUUGACCUGUGACCUCAUUGACCUGUGACCUCACUGACCUGUGACGUCCACUUAGACUCAAGUAUGAACUGAUAAGAAUUUAGAGGUCAGAGGUCACUGUGA